AUGAAUGCCUUUCCUCUGAAUGGCUCGACACAGUCGUCUUCCUUCACACCCGGCCAGCCCACUUCCGCCCCGAAGAAGGGUAGAACACGGCAAUCAGGCACGGCAUGGACUCGCUCAGGAUGCAUAACCUGCAAAAAAAGGCGCAAGGCCUGCGAUAAGGCCAAACCAAGUUGCAACAAUUGUUCCAAGCAAGGCCGGACGUGUGAGGGCUACGGAUCUAUAUGGGCAGAGCCAUUAGGUCCAUCAGCACAGGUGUUCUCACAGACGGAGACUUCAAAGCGCCGGCGGCUCAGUGCGUCCUCGUCGUCUCAACUACCUUUGCCUACGCCAUCCCCGUCCUCGGAUGCCUGGCUCGAGACUAGUUUAUCUCCCGAGCCGGGGACUUCCCUGAGCUGGUCUGUUCCAUCUUCUCCUCGGGGAUAUGUAUCAUUUGAUGCAGCUACCAGUCCGGUCCAGGAUGUAGAAGAACAUAGUCCUGGCCUGGAUAUUGAUUUGCAUAGCUCUGUCGCGGUGAUCCCACAGCCUCAGGGAUAUAUCAGUCAUCUCUCAACACAUGAAACUCACUACCUCCAAUACCACAUGGAGCAGGGAUCUCGACUGCUAGCAAAUCUAGAGAGCGACGAUAACCCCCCUUCGGCCGUAUGUGCCGUCUCGGCUCUUCAUCUCGCAAAUCGUUCCCAUGGCUUUGGAGCACGUACGGCUGCAGUUAAAUACUAUAGUGGAGCUCUCAGCGGACUUCGCAUAGCACUGGAUAAGUGUUCAACGGAGGUGUUCCCUGACGAUGCCAUGCUGGCAGUUGGUCUACUAUGCAAAUAUGAGAUCGUGCGUGGUAGCGUUAAGCAAUGGGUUGUUCAUCUCAAUGCAUUGCAGCGUCUGAUCGUUUCACGCGGUGGAUUUGCUUCAAUGGAUCGAGAUGCAGCCGAGUUCCUGCGUGGACUAUUCGUGUAUGGCUAUAACAUGGCCCGGAUCAGCAACCGCAAGUGUAUCACUUCCACAGACUUUUCUGUCGAUAGCGAUAUCGGUAUCCCAAAAUUGGACAUAUAUAUUGGAUACACAGAGGAAAUCCUCAAAUUAUGUGCACGCAUCGCAGAGCUGCCUUCCCUCCAAGCUGAUACGUUGGUUCUUCGACUCAGUAUUGCAUCCAUAAACGAAUCCCUCCUCGCCUGGUCUCACACUUCAACCCCUUACAUAAUUCACCAAGGGACGUCACCAGCAACCCUAACACGCCUUCAACUCGUGGCGGAAUGUUUCCGCGAUGCAGGGUUUGUCUAUCUCCACUCAAUCAUGGAGCACAUAAGCAGAACCUAUCCAGAUUCCUCUUCCACCACCAACACUGAUACUAUUGUCAACGCUCAGCUAGAGGAGAACCCAUGGAUCUCGACACUAGAAUGGGUUCCUCUCAUCUCCACGCCAAAAAGUCUCGCCGUCUACCGCUGUCUUUCCCGCAUCGAAACUUUCCCGUUGGGUGACCACUGCGAGUACUCGGCGCUCACGUUCCCGCUCUUCAUCUCCGGGUGUGAGAGUGAGAACGUAGCGGACAGAGAGGUUGUGCUCCGUUCUUUGGGCAAGCUACAGGAUAACUUUGGGAUUGGAAAUGUUAGGCGUGCAAAGGAGUUAUUGGGGAUUUUGUGGGGGAGACAGGAUGCUGCUCGAUUUAUUGGGAUGAGUCAGAAAAAUGUGCAUUGGUUAGAUAUUGUGGAGGAGCUGGGGUGGGAAUUGAUUCUUGCAUAG